AUGGCUGGCAACUUCAACACUUCAACAGUUCAGCCUUCCAAGCCAUCUGCUGGAGGAGCUGAACAGUGGGGUAUGAGGGCCAAAAAGAGGGGCACGCGGAGGCCCCCAGGACCAACAAAGAAACCGGAUCGGAACGAUCGCAGCAAUCAAGUUGAAACUGAGAGCCACAACCAAGGCGAAAUCGAGGGAAGCGGAGUCCUGGCGUCAUUGCGGCGUGGCGCGUUGCCAUGGCAGCGGCCCGUGUAA